AUGUCAGCAAUGGUAAGUUAAAUAUAAAAAUUGACUUAAUAUUUUAUUUUUUUCGUUUCUCAAAUAUAUUUCAUAUAACAAAUAUACAUUAUAUUUAAUCUAAUGCAUAUUUGAAAUGAACCUUGUGUCAUCCCCUCCUUGUUUCAAAUUUCAUCAAUACUUGAGACUAUGUAAGUGAUAUACUGUCAAUAAGCAAGACUCGCUCUUUUAAUAGUGAAAUUCACUUUCUUCGUAGAGGAUGAAAGCAGUAAGGUGUCCGACUGAUGAACUUAGUAUUACAAAUUGUGCUAUAAUCAAUGCAGAUGACUUCCCAGAUGAUGUCAGGUAAAAAUGCCUUGUAAUUAAUUCAUUGAUUUGGUACCUAUAAUAAGAUUUAAAACUUAACCGACAUAUACGUACAUAUUGAUUUUGAUAAGAUUUCAAACUAAUUAAAUUGACAUAUAAUUUAAUUUAUUAUUUUAUUUCUGUAUAAUACUUAAUUAUAUUAAUCUUAGUUAUUAAAUUUAUUUAUUUAUUUAUCUGUUAUUUAAAAUAAAUAAUUUAAUUCAAUAUUACAAUAAUAAAACAAAGAAAAAAAGAAUAAAAUAUUAAUGUCUUAGAAUAGAAUUUAAGUUUUUGAAACAUUUCAUUUAUAUUUCUAGGCAUAUUGAAGUUACCACUGCACCAAAUCAUCAUUUUGUCUUUACUGUAAAACGACAUCAUGAAGUACCUAGAGGAACUGUGGGAUUUAGUUUACCUCAAAGAAAAUGGGCUACUCUUUCUCUUAAUCAAGAAAUUGAAGUCAGACCAUAUCAUUUUAAUCCUACUUCGAGUACAGAAUGUUUAUGCACCAUUGUAUUGGAAGCUGACUUCUUACAAAAAAAAUCGACUAGUUUGGAACCAUAUAACACCGAUGAAAUGGCUAAAGAUUUUCUACUGCAAUUUUCGGGGCAGGCAUUCACCGUGAGUCAGCAGUUGGUUUUUCAGUUCAAGGAUAAAAAAAUGCUUGGUCUUGUAGUUAAAAGUUUAGAAGCUGCUGAUCUAUCUGCUAUAAGUUCUGGACAAAAUACAGUACCCAAAAAAACUCAAAUGGGGCGCUGUUUGGGUGAUACUGUUAUACAGUUUGAAAAAGCAGAAAAUUCAAGUUUAAACCUUGUUGGCAAAGCAAAAGGAAAAGUUGUUCGACAAUCGAUUAUCAAUCCAGAUUGGGAUUUUCAAAAAAUGGGAAUUGGUGGACUGGAUAAGGAAUUCAGUGCCAUUUUUCGGAGAGCAUUCGCGUCACGAGUUUUUCCACCAGAAAUUGUUACACAAUUGGGAUGUAAGCAUGUGAAAGGAAUUUUACUUUAUGGUCCACCUGGUACAGGUAAAACGUUAAUGGCAAGGCAGAUAGGGACUAUGUUAAAUGCUAGAGAACCUAAAAUCGUCAAUGGCCCUCAGAUUUUGGAUAAAUAUGUUGGAGAAAGUGAAGCUAAUAUUAGGAGAUUAUUUGCUGAUGCCGAAGAGGAGGAGAAGAGGCUUGGACCAAAUAGUGGAUUGCAUAUAAUUAUUUUUGAUGAAAUUGAUGCUAUUUGUAAAUCUCGUGGUAGUGUUGCUGGAAAUACAGGAGUUCACGAUACCGUUGUAAAUCAGCUGCUCGCAAAAAUUGAUGGUGUGGAACAAUUAAAUAAUAUUCUUGUUAUUGGUAUGACUAACAGAAGAGAUAUGAUUGACGAAGCUUUAUUACGACCUGGUAGAUUAGAGGUACAAAUGGAAAUCAGCUUACCCGAUGAACAUGGAAGAUUCCAAAUACUUAAUAUUCAUACAUCUAGGAUGAGAGAUUAUAAGAAGAUAUCGCCUGAUGUUGAUUUAAAAGAACUAGCUACAUUAACUAAAAAUUUCAGUGGUGCAGAACUAGAAGGUUUAGUUAGAGCUGCACAAAGUACUGCUAUGAAUAGAUUAAUCAAAGCUUCUAGUAAGGUUGAAGUAGAUCCUGCUGCAAUGGAAAAACUUAUGGUUUCCAGAACUGAUUUUCUUCAUGCUUUAGAAAAUGAUGUUAAACCUGCAUUUGGUACAAGUGCAGAAGCAUUAGAUCAUCUUCUUAUACGUGGAAUUAUUAACUGGGGCAAACCAGUAGCAGAAAUUUUGUCUGAUGGCAAUUUAUAUAUUCAAGAAGCACGUUCUACUGAAGGUUCCGGUCUUGUGUCAGUUUUGUUAGAAGGACCGCCGAAUAGCGGAAAAACAGCACUUGCUGCUCAAAUAGCUAAAAAUUCUGAUUUUCCGUUUGUUAAAGUAUGUACACCAGAGGAUAUGGUUGGCUUCACAGAAUCUGCAAAAUGUCUUUCAAUUCGAAAGAUAUUCGACGAUGCAUAUCGUUCACAGCUUAGUUGCAUUUUAGUUGAUAAUAUUGAACGCUUAUUAGAUUAUGGUCCCAUUGGACCACGAUAUUCUAAUUUGACUUUACAAGCACUGUUAGUUUUACUGAAGAAACAACCACCACGUGGUCGUAAAUUAUUAAUACUUUGUACUACAAGUCGCAGACAAGUUUUGGAUGACAUGGAAAUGUUAUCAGCAUUUAGUACAACUCUUCAUGUACCUAACUUAUCAACUCCUGAUCACCUCCUAAGUGUUUUAGAGGAAGUGGAUCUAUUUAGUAAAGACGAACUGGUAUCUUUGUAUGCCAAACUUCAGGGAAAACGAGUAUUUAUUGGUAUAAAGAAGUUGCUAUGUCUAAUAGACAUGGCACGUCAAGUGGAACCGAACUAUAGAGUUGUAAAAUUCCUAUCGAAAUUAGAAGAAGAAGACUCACAAUUCAGAUUGUGAUGUAAUCAUAUCAAAAUCGCUUUCAUUUAAAUCAACAGAUUCAGCCUCACAUUUUUCUAAUGAAAUUCCAGUAAAGAAAGAAUUUACCGAUGAAUUAGCUGACUCAGGAGCUAUACGGCGCUUCCAAUUUGUAUUUCCACUACGUUGUAGUGCAGCUAAUCGUUCUGCAAUACUCAUACUUGGACCAUCAUUAAUAUCUACUAUCGGUAUUGCUUGUGUUACGCUACGACAUAAUCCUGGAAGAGCACCUACAGAUAUUAAUUCAAGAGAUCUUCGUUUAUUAAGUACAGCAUUGAAUUCAUUAGAAAUAGAAGGUUGUAUAUGGCCCACAGAUUGUGCUCUUUUUCGCAAAAAUAAAUUUGCUGGUUUAUCAUCAUAUUCAUCCGAUUCUGUACUCGAUUUCUUUUUUAGUAUUGGCCGUGGUUCUAAAGAUGGUGGAUCAUUACCGAAUGAUUCUUCUCUACUAUGCUUUUUCUUUAGGAUUGGCCUCACUUCAGAACUAUCAAAUAAAAAUUUUACAACAGAAAGAAAAAUUUGUCCGCAAAGAAGAUUGCACAGGUAUUAGUCAUUACAAUUUCUCUCAUAACGAAGUAGAACGAAUAAAACCGAAGAUAGAUAUUAAACCAGAUGGCGUUACGUAAAUUUAAUAAAUAUAUAUUAUUAUAAAAGAAUAAAAAAUUACUGA